GUGAUACCCUCCACAUGUCCAUCAGCCACCUGGAAUUUUGGAUCGGUUACCUUUUUGUAUCUCGGCUGUGAGGCUGCCAUGAGUGACUUGUUCCUGCCAUUUAUGCCUGGAGCAAACACUGUGGAAGAGCAGAGAGCUCGCUGGGAGAGAAAGCGCAGCCGGACAGCCAGGGAGCUACUGGAAACCGAACACAAAUACCUUGAGCAGCUGGAUUUGGUGGUCACAUUCUUCGUGACAAUUUUAAAAGCCAAAGGAACACUGAAACCUGCUGUGUUGGACACCAUAUUUGGACCUCUGGAAUCCAUAUAUGCAGCCAGCCAGAUUUUGUCUCUUCACCUGGAGAGAGGGAAUUUGGGACUAGCACUGGAAAAUUUCUGUCAGAAUCUGGAGCUCUAUGGCCACUAUGCUGAGAAUAUGCAGCAGGCAAAUAAAACCUUGGAGGAGCAACUGAGGAAAAAUAAAUCAUUCCGAAGAUUUAAGAAGCUCCAGGAGACUCGACCUCAGUUUCAAGGGAGGAAGCUAGAGGAUCUGCUUCCUUUGCCCCUGCAGAGACUGCACCAGUACAAGCAUUUCUUCAGAGAUUUGCUGGAGAAUACAAUCCCAGACAAUGCUGAGUACCAGAAACUUGCAAAGACUGUGAAAUGUGUUUCUGGGGUAUCUGAGUGGGUCCAAGACAUUGUUCGUAGGAGAGAGAACACAUUGCAGCUACGUCGGGUUCAGAAACUGCUGAAAGGACAGAAGACCCAGAUUUUGGUGCCAGGGCGCUGGUAUAUCCGGGAAGGUUGGCUUUCAGUGGUGCCUUCAAAGGGAGAAGAACUGAAACACAGGAUGUUCUUCCUUUUUUCUGAUAUCUUUAUUUCAACCAAGCCCUGCCACCCACUGCACCCACUAAACUCGAAGAAAUUGGCAUGCCAGGCUGUCUACCCUCUUCACCAGUGUGUUGUGGAUAAAGUGUUCGGCCACACACAGAGCCAGGGAGGGCUCCUCAGUCUUUCCUUUCCACACAAGAGGCUCUUGUUGAUGUCCAGCGACCAGCAAGAUAUUAACGACUGGUACAGGAGUCUCACAGCUGCAGUCAGGAAGCUGAAAGACUGACCCACACAAGUACAGUACAAGACAGACCAAAAGGACAGCCUCCCCUCUUGGUAGAAGCCUGCAAUUUCAGGGAAUAUUCAGGGACAGAGAAUUGCAUGCAGAGGGACUACACCCUGUGCUUGUGAGAUUGUCAACGCUUUGCCUCCUGUCCUAAUAUUAAUACAGAUAUUGAAAAAAAAUCUGUAUUACAGAUUAAGGAUUUUUAGAAUAAAAAAAA